UGUUUCUAGUUGCAUGUUCUGUGGAACAAGAGGACAAUUCAGGCAUUCGUUUAUAACCAUGGAUUUAUGAUGGUGGCUGAGCUAUUUUACUAUUUACUCUACUCAAUACUGUGUAUACUCACAUAAAUAAACAUUCCCCGCACCGAAAUCAGUUUAUCAACAAAAGCUGCUCUACAUACGUCUCACCACCCCGCUUCAUAAUACUCCAUAUAGUACGUCUUAAACAUGCAACCAUCACAGGAUGAGUCCAACAAUUCCAUGGUACGGUGGUAUAUCGAUACUCGGGACCUAACAGCGACUACCUCAUCGCUCCCUCUACUGGAAACACUCCAGCCAUCAGACCAGGAGUCGGCCAAACGCUUCUAUCACCUGAAAGACAAGCAUAUGUCCCUUGCGUCCAAUCUCCUGAAAUAUCUGUUUAUCCACCGAACAUGUCGCAUUCCAUGGAACCAAAUUACCAUCAGCCGAACGCCAGCACCGCAUCAUCGGCCGUACUUCAACCCUGCAGACAUCACCCAAACUGCAGCUACAGACAAACCAAUUCCAAGCAUUGAAUUCAACGUCAGCCAUCAAGCAUCCCUGGUAGCUCUCGCAGGGACUAUUUUGCCGCCACCAAGCAACAAUGACUCGACUGCGCCUACCAAUGUUAUUACAAACCCCAAUCCCACCUCUACACCCUCCUCAUCCAUACCCCAGGUAGGAAUAGACAUUACCUGCGUGGACGAGCGCCGCAACACCGCGCACACUAGACAAGCGUUAGAAGAGUUCGUCAGUAUCUUCUCUGAAGUCUUCUCCCAGCGCGAGCUGGAUACCAUCAAAAGCCUGCACGGGGCACCUUCACAUAUCGGCAACGACGAGGACGGCCUUGUGGAAUAUGGGUUCCGGUUGUUCUACACCUACUGGGCGUUGAAAGAAGCAUAUAUAAAGAUGACAGGGGAGGCGUUAUUGGCGCCGUGGUUGAAAGAAUUGGUCUUCACGAACGUUGUUGCGCCGGAGCCCGCAGGCCGGGACUUGCAAACCUUGGGUGAGCCGUAUACUGGGGUCAAAACAUGGUUGUAUGGAAAGGAAGUGGAUGAUGUGCGAGUUGAGGUCGUUGCAUUUGAGAAGAAUUAUCUUAUUGCUACUGCAGCCAGAGGGGGUAGGAUUGGGCGGGGAAGUAGAGGAGAUGGUGCAGAUCCAUGGCAGCGGUUGCAGAAGAUUGACAUUGAGGAAGAUGUUAGACCUUGCGCAACGGGUGUUUGCCAAUGCUUGAAGUAGCUCUUGUUUCGCCCCCACUAACGUCGUGCCAAAAUCCUACGUUUAUAUAAACAUGCACGUAAGGUUUGAACAGCAAGUGGAUAUGUUCUAUUGAUCUGGUAGCCUACA